CACGCACGCACACGCUCCUACACACCGCACAUCUCUCAGCCCAGCCCCUGCGCCCAGCGCCCAGCGCCCAGGGCCCGGGCGAGGCGGAGUGUGAAACCCGCUGCAGGAGGCAGUUCCCGACCUCAGCUGCCAGGGAGAGACGGAGCCUGUGGCUGGUGAGGCCGCUGAGCAGGGCCAGGCCGGGCCCUGCCCACGAGGACGCCUAAGCCCUUCACCGGCCCCCAUGCCCAGGAGCCCACCAGGCUCUCCUGCUGGCCCCGCCAUGACUUCGGAGCCCACAUCCUCCCCGGUCGUGCCCCCCCUCCACUCCCCCAAGUCCCCGGUCUGGCCCACAUUCCCCUUCCAGCGGGAGGGCAGCAGGGUCUGGGAGCGGGGCGGUGUCUCAUCGCGGGACCUGCCCAGUCCCCUGCCCACCAAACGGACCAGGACGUAUUCAGCGACAGCCCGUGCCUCAGCUGGCCCCGUGUUCAAGGGUGUCUGCAAGCAGUUCUCACGCUCACAAGGCCACGGCUUCAUCACCCCCGAGAAUGGAUCAGAGGACAUCUUUGUGCACGUAUCUGACAUCGAAGGGGAGUACGUCCCAGUGGAGGGUGACGAGGUGACCUACAAGAUGUGCCCCAUUCCGCCCAAGAACCAGAAGUUCCAGGCCGUGGAGGUGGUGCUCACCCAGUUGGCCCCACACACUCCCCAUGAGACGUGGUCCGGCCAGGUUGUGGGCUCCUAGGCUGGGCAGGGAGACCCCAGGGUGGACAGGCAGCAGCCAGCUCCAUGCCCCGGGGCACUGGCUCAGUCCCCUGGGUGGCCCAUGUGCACGUCUGUCUGUCUGUCUGUGCUUGUGGCCAUGCGUGUGUUCCUCUAUCCAGCCCCGUGACCUGUGACUGUUGUGUGAGCUGGACUGAGGGGGAGGCCACCAGAUCUGCCUUCUCUGCUUGUCCACUCUCUCUCUUUCCUCCCUUCCCUACCACACUGGCACAGGACCUCAUCUCAGUGGGGCCCCCUGUCCAUGUGUCCACUAAACCUCCGAGGGCCUGCAUCAGGCCAGGGGCUGAGUCGGGGCACCCCCCGGCCCUAUGGGAACAAGCUUCUCCCCUGCCUCGGCCUGAGGCCCUGGCCUGGGCCCGGGCCAGACUCUGCUUGUGUUACACCCGCCCCUGGGCCAGGGGCUCUUGUGGUGGCCUGGACCCCACCCUCAGAAGCCAGGCCAGUGAGCACUUUGGGGGGCCUCCCAGCCUCUGGCAAGGAAAGAGGGAGAAAGGUGGAGGCCGGAAGGCCCUCUUCGGUGCCAGCCCAGCCUGCCUUCCUCCUGCUCUCUCCGCAUACACUGUACAGGCAGGAAAGGGGCCUGCGGCGGACGGCAGUGGGGGCUCAUUUUGCUGGCCAUCCCUCCUCCUCAGCCUGGCAGUGGCUCUGUGAACCCCAAACUGAGGUCCCAUCUUCUCCCUCGGGCCACGCCGAGUCAUGCUGCCUCCAUUUCUCCAGGAGGCUCGGGUCUGUGGAGGGGUGGAUGCGUCCCCAAGUUUGGAUUUAGGCCUCCCCUUUCCCUGACGCACAAGCUCCACUAACACUCUGCCCAUGUCCAGCACAGUGGCUGCUGAGGACCUGGAGGGGGAUGGACACACGUCCCCUCAGGCAGGCCAGGUGGGGGCACCCACAAGGAUGGCCCUCAGCCUGGGAGCCCACCCCUUGCUGGACCCACUUCCCAAAGCUGUGGGACAACGGCUCCCACUGGCCCGCACCAAGCCAGUGGGUGAGUUAUGGUCCCUAUGUUGUCCAUCCCUUAAGGUGCGUGUUGUGUGCUUGUGUGUGUUGUGUGUGUAUGUGUGUGUGUUCCGUACAUUCACUCUUGGACCGGGUUGGCCUGGCCUGGGAGGCCAGCAAGGAGGGCUUUCCCUCCACCCCCACCCCCUUCCAGAGCGCAUCAUCUGGUGGGGACUGAACUGGGGCUUAUGGGAGGGCCUGCAGGACAGUGACCCUUAGAGACCCAGUCUGUGAGUAAAUGGGCUCAAAUGUCCAAGGUGAGGGGCCAAGGACUGUCUAGGAUUCCCAGCCCUGAAGAUGCCCCAAGACUCCAGGGUAGAGAUCAGCUGGGAUGUGUCCCACCCCUGCCCCCAGUCCCCAUCACAGAGGCUGGGAGCCUAGAGCUGCUGAGAUGUGCUGGCCAGCCACCCAAAAUUGAGAAUGGCCCAGCCUGACACCCCAUUCUGAGCUGGGGCUACUCUGGCCUGAGGCCUUUUCCUUGGGGAACAGGAUCCCUGGCCUCUUUGAUAGGUUUAUUGGCACAGGUUAACUCCUGGAGUCCCUCAAGAUCUCCUCUUCUGUGAGUGGACCCCCUUUUUCAGGCACUGGCAAGGAGGCAGGAUGUGGAGACAUCAGCCCUGGGACCACCUGGGGUGGCAGAGGGGAAGUGGCACUCCUGUCACUCAUGGCCCUGCAGUGUACAGUCACAAGCCCUCCCAAGCCCCCAGCCACCCGGACUCCCCGAUCCUUCCUAACACUGGCAAUAAACCCUCAACUGUGACUCAGCCUAA